UCAUACCUGGGUCCUUUCGCCGAGGGUUCCCACGUGAAUGUACGAGCAUGAUAGACUGCUGUAAAUGAGGCGAAGUUUUAUUGCCCAAAAGUUGCAUAUAAGACUUCAACAGCUUAUUUUGCUUUACCGGUAGAACAUUUGAGGGUGCAUUUGGGAAGCAAUGGCAACUUUUCGGAAGAAGGUGGACAAUCGCAUUCGAGUCCAGAUAGAAAACGGUGUCGCUCAACACCAUCGAUCUAUGUUCUUUAUAGUUGGUGAUCGUGGCAGAGAUCAGGUUGUCGUUCUGCACCACAUGCUAUCUAAAGCAACAGUCAGAGCCCGGCCAUCGGUGUUAUGGUGCUACAAAAAGGAGCUUAGCUUCAGCAGUAAUCGAAAGAAGAGGAUGCGACAGCUGCAGAAGAAGAUCAAAACAGGCACGCUGAACCUAAACAAGGAUGAUCCUUUUGAGCUCUUCGUUGCUGCUACCAACAUCCGAUACUGCUACUACAAUGAAACGCACAAGAUCCUGGGAAACACCUAUGGCAUGUGUGUUCUAUUCAUCCUGUCUCUUGCCUCCUGUAAGACAUGUGUUGUAAUCGAAGACCAACUAAACAUUCUGCCAAUCUCCACUCACAUUACCAACAUCAAACCUGUCCCUCCAAAGACGCAGGAUGAUGGACUGUCUCCAAGGGAACAAGAGCUAAAGGACCUAAAGGAGUCUUUACAGGACACACAGCCAGUUGGUGUUCUAGUGGACAGCUGUAAAACUAUGGACCAGGCCAAAGCAGUGCUGAAGUUCAUCGAGGCUAUUUCAGAGAAGACCUUGCGGAGCACUGUAGCUCUUACUGCUGCCCGCGGUCGAGGCAAAUCUGCUGCACUGGGAUUGGCUGUAGCCGGAGCUGUUGCUUUUGGGUAUGUAGUAGGGUAUUAUGAACAUCUGGACUAUGAAAUAAUCCAGUCUUUGAACCCAGAGUUUAACAAAGCCGUGGUUCGUGUUAACAUCUUCAAGGAACAUCGCCAGACCAUUCAGUACAUUCACCCUGCUGAUGCAGUGAAGUUAGGCCAGGCAGAGCUGCUAGUCAUCGACGAGGCUGCUGCGAUCCCGCUGCCUUUAGUGAAGAAACUGCUGGGGCCUUACCUUGUGUUUAUGGCAUCUACGAUCAACGGGUAUGAGGGCACUGGUCGCUCUCUGUCUCUUAAGCUGAUUCAGCAGUUAAGGCAGCAGAGUGCAGACAGCCAGCAGAACCUCUUGGCUGAGAACAGAAACACCAGCACAGCCAGACUGGCAGCAGCACGAACCCUUCAUGAGGUGACCCUCCACGAGUCUAUCCGCUAUGGCCAGGGGGACCCUGUGGAGAAAUGGCUGAAUGAUCUGCUGUGUUUGGACUGCCUGAGUGUACCACGCAUCAUUUCCGGCUGCCCUUUACCCCAGACAUGUGACCUUUAUUAUGUGAAUCGAGACACAUUGUUUUGUUAUCACAAAGCUUCUGAGGCUUUCCUCCAGCGUCUUAUGGCACUUUAUGUAGCAUCGCAUUACAAGAAUUCACCCAAUGACCUUCAGAUGCUCUCGGAUGCUCCUGCUCACCAUCUCUUUUGCCUGCUGCCCCCUGUCCCACCCACACAGAAUUCACUCCCAGAGGUCUUAGCAGUUGUCCAGGUGUGUCUGGAAGGAGAGAUCUCCCGCCAAUCCGUCCUCAACAGCUUGUCCAGAGGGAAGAAAGCUUCAGGUGACCUCAUUCCGUGGACCAUUUCGGAACAGUUUCAAGACCCUGAGUUUGGAGGCCUCUCUGGAGGCCGGAUUGUCCGUAUUGCAGUGAAUCCUGAUUAUCAGGGGAUGGGUUACGGCAGCCGUGCGUUGCAACUGCUACAGCAAUAUUAUGAGGGUCAGUUUCCUCUUCUGGAUGAGCAAGAACAGACAACGACCAGUACAAUCACAUCUGUGAGCAGUGAGGUUGUCAGUCUCCUGGAGGAGGUGGUGUCUCCCAGGAAAGACCUGCCACCGCUGCUGUUGAAGCUGAAUGAGAGGAGAGCCGAGAGGCUGGACUACCUCGGGGUGUCUUACGGUCUCACUCCUCAACUACUCAAAUUCUGGAAGAAGGCUGGAUUUGUGCCUGUUUAUUUAAGACAGACGCCGAAUGACCUGACGGGAGAGCACUCCUGCAUUAUGCUGAAGGAGCUCAAUGCUGAGGAGUCUACAGAGCAGGACCAGUGGCUCUCAGCUUUUUGGAAGGAUUUCCGGCGGAGGUUCCUCUCGCUGCUAUCCUUCCAGUUCAGCAAAUUUAGCCCGACCCUGGCCCUCAACAUAUCGCAGAACAAGAACGCUAAGGCCGACAGCCCAGCAGCACUCGCCAGUGCAGAGUUAGCGGCCACAUUCACUCCAUACGACCUGAAGCGUUUGGAGAUGUAUUCAAGAAACAUGGUGGACUAUCACCUCAUCAUGGACAUGAUCCCUGUUAUUGCACGCAUGUUUUUCCUCAAACAAUUGGGAGACAUCACACUUUCUGUUGCCCAGUGUGCUUUGUUGUUGGGAAUUGGGCUUCAACACAAGAGUAUAGAUGAGCUGGAGAAGGAAAUUGAGCUGCCUGGUUCUCAGCUUAUGGGCUUGUUCAACCGUGUCAUCCGUAAAGUGAUGCAGUUCUUCAACACACUUCAGGAGAAUGCGGUUGAAGCAGAGAUGGUGGCCACCAAAGAUAUAAGCAUGGAACCAACUGUGCAGACACUUAAUGAAGAUCUGAAUGAUGCAGCCAAAGAGUUCCAAGAGAAACACAAAAAUGAAAUGGAGAAGAUUAAAGACAUGAAUCUUUCAGAGUACAUGAUUCGAGGAGAUGACGAGGAAUGGGACCACGUGUUGAAGAAAGCAGGACAUACAGCUAUUGUUAGCAUAAAAAGUGACAAGAAAAGAAAACUGGAAGGCAUGAACCAGAAAGAACAAUGGCAAAGCAAGAAGAUUAAGAAAAAUAAGGACAAAAAGAGCAAAUUUGGAAAGAAACCAUAAAGAAAUGAACUUUAAAAUUAAAAUUUGAAAUGUCUUUGUGUCUUGUUUCUGUGGUCAGUAGAUUUAUUUAAGACCAAAUGAAAAUAUUUCAGUAAGAAGUUUAAAGACCAAAUUGUUUUAAAAAAAUUUCGGCAAGACUCCCCAUGUAUUAUCAGUGAACAAACAAAAAGUUGUACAUUGUUGUUUUUCUUUUAACCACAUUUCAGAGAUUAAUAUUCCCAUGGUGUAGACCUCAUGUUUUUCUGUGAAAGCUAAUUUCAGAAGCCAUCUGUAAAAUAAAUGAUAAUCUUAUGGUGCA